UAUAAAUUAGUAUUACUUGAGAAGGUGGUCUCCAAGAUGGUCUCUUAGAAUUUCGAAUGAGCCCAAAGGACAGAAUCUUGUAAGGCAAGUCCAUUCAAAUGUAGUUGUAUUCUCCGGUCCUCUUUUUCACAUAGAUAAUGGGAUUUCAGGGUGGAAGUGAGGCAAUCAUUCCUUUUGCAGCCUGGUCCUAAUGCAUAUAAAAAGAAUUCCAGAGAGGGUUUCUCCUUUUACUUGAAAUUACUCUUAAUGGAAAAUCUUUGAAGAAUCACAUUUCCUAAGUCCCAACAAAUCUAAGAUGUUGGCAGUCACAGGAAAAGUAUCAUAGAUUUAAAUUAAACUCUACAGUAUUUGACCUUAGUUGGUCCUCUCUGAAACUGUCAUGGUGGCCAUCCUAUUUAGGGGGGCUUCAUCUACAAGUCAAUCCCAUGUUAAUGCGGGUGCUAGGAAAAAUAGCUGAUCAGAAGUUACCUUAGUGCACCUGCAUUACUAAAGGAAACUGUCUUCCCAGACAAUUGGAGUCACUUAGAGCCAUAAUUCCUAGCUUUAUGUCAGCAUCAAUAGACCCUGUCAAGAGUUAGUCCCAUUAAUCCUUUUCACUUGACAUAUUUCCCAAUUAGCUCCUUUUGCUUCUGUUUAUUUUAUACAAAUUAACUACCACCCUUUGCUUUCUUGUUUAUUCUGGAAGUAGUUUAAGAAGACCCUAAAGGAAUUUAAAGAAUGCUUGUGACCUUGCCUGCAUUUCACUGCUCAUUGUUAGCUACUAUCUAACAAAUUCAUUGGAAUAGCCAUUAUCAUCCCCACAAACACAAGCAGAAACCAGCUCAGAUAUGAAAGUUUCUUUUUCAAUCAUCACACAUUGCUUGAACAUCGAUAUAUUUCAUUCUCUUUGCGUAAGACUAAGGAUAUCACAUGCAUUAGAGACAACCUCCCACAACAGGAAGGAAACUGGGAGGUGCCUUGACCUGAGAUGAAGUUCAGUCCCCUCUCCCAGGAAAGAAGCCAGAACUGAAUGCAUCUGUGACUCCUCAGCGUCCCACACUUGGAGAAGAAAACAGCUCUCAACAGUGCACUUUUUUCCUGGAGCAACAUGAAGACAGACUGUUGGCCUUAAGGAGACAAAUUUAGGGACCAAGAUUCUACUCUGGGAAUAAAGACUGCUCUCUUCAAGACCUCUGCUGAACAGGGGAGGACUCUGAACCAAGACCAUGGACACAAGCAAGCAGACCCCUGAUGAGCCUCUCCUCAGAAGCAAAAGGAGGCAAGAUCUUCCAGAGAUGCUCAGAGAAGUGGGACUGGAAGUUGAGUACUGGUUGAUCAAGCUGAAGGAAGUCCUGGGUGUGACCUGUGCCCAGUCAUUAAGUUAUUUAAAAGAAAAAGACCUCCAGAAGCUGAAAUAUGAGGUAAAAUAUCCAUGGGAGAAAAGGGCCCUGGAGAAGCUGCUUGACCUGUCCCACUCAAAUAGUCUUGCAGAGUUACAGGAGUCACCAGUGGAGAGGAAAAAGGAGAAGCAGGCAGAACAAGCAGUGAAAGAGCUGAGGAACUUGCUGUCAGAAGGGAGACAGAGACAGGAAGAGGCAGUGAAGAGAAAGGAAGCAAAGCUGAGGCAAGCCAUGGAGAUCCCUGAAGAGAACAGGCUGAAGCCUCCAAAGCCCCUCAGGGAAGUCAUGGAAAUCAUAAAGAAAGAAUUCAGUCCCAUGGAGCAGACGCCAUCCCACAGGCCAAACCUCCCAGAUAGAGAUCUGGUAAGAUGGGCAUCUGGAGGGCUGGCCCUGCAGGGAAUAUACAAAACCUGCCACCACAUGGACCUGAUACAGAGGAGAGAGGAGCUACUCAGUGUCCCCAAGGAGUUCUCACUCUUUGGCCCUCAGCAGGGCACAUUGAUGAAAUCGGAAGAAUUUACAUCUUCUCAAGCAGAAGUCAUGUUCACCCAGUCUAUGGAGAAUUUAGGCUUCAGUUUAACUACUUCAGCCAAGGGUGGAGGUUGGGGAUUUAGUUUAGAAACUGAACUGGAUAAAGGCAAACAUUCAGAAUCCAAGCAAACCCACCUAACAAAUUCGGAGUGCUCUUAUUUCUGCUCAACCAAGUUCAGAUACACUCCCAUGGCAUCCUGCCACUUCCCCAUUGAUCAGCUCCAGUUGUCCCAUGCUGCUCUUCAGGAAUUGAAAUGCCUUGAAGACCUUCUGGAUCAGACUACAGACCCUCAGGGAUCCCAGGUGCUGAAACAGUGGAGUGAAAGAUUCUUCCACAGGUUUGGCUCUCAUGCUAACCAAGGCCCUCUGCAUCUGGGAGGAAUCUACUGGUGGAAGGCUGUCUCAAAGGGGUUCCAAAAUUAUCACCUAGUUGAUAUAAAGCAGCAGGCAAUAGAGGCCCUGGAUUUUUACAUAAGUGGUGGCUACCAUGGUUUUGGAAUGAAUGUUGCUGCAGGUAUGAAUGUGUCAGACUCACAUUCAAAAGCAGCUAUUCAGAACAAGACUUUUCAAAACCUCCAAACCAAAUUCCAAUUAUCUGUGUCCAAGACAGGUGGACCACCAGAAGCAGAUGACCUUGCUCAAUGGAAAGCUGGCCUUGUUGCCAGCAAUCAAACCUGGUGUGUCGUUGACCGGGGAUUCCAGCUGGUGCCUAUUUGGGACAUUAUCCUCUCCAGCCACAGAAGUGAUUUUAAAGAUCCAUGUAAGGUAGCUAAGUGUCUGAAAGACAACUACACUACUCUGACUGGCCUUGCUUCCCAGAUCCAAGAAGGAGAGGAGAUACUGAGUGUUAGGCAAGAGGUUAGAGUUUUCUUAGAUGCUGUGAAGUCCUGGGAAGUCUCUGAUCCUGAAGAACAGCUUCAAAAGCUGAUAAAUUUUAAGCAAACACUGAGUCAAAAAACAAAAGGAAAUGACACUUGGAUUAACCUAUGCCUCAUAGAUAAGGAUCUGCAGACUUUUCUAGUCAGUACCAUCAAUUUUUGCAAAAUGUCUACCAAUUGUAAAACAAAUUAUAUUAAAAUUCAGUUGUGCAGCCUUCUAGAUCCUCACAUCUACAAAGUGGAAAAUUUUCCUCAGACUCACUCCAUUAUGCACUGGAUCAAACAGUCAGAUUCAGAGCAAGAGCAAGUCCACAUCUCCGAUUUUUCUGAAUUCAUUAAAAAAUUAACAAAAACACAGGAAGAAUUCUUGGAAGUGAAGGUCCAAGAAAAAGUAGAAGAAGCUCAAAGAAAGGCCACAUAUGAGGUCUGCUUGGCUCUCAACAGCUUCUUGAGCCACUUGCAAGCAACAGAGCAGCCAGAUACACAGCUCUUGCUACUUUCCAUUGCAGCUGGUGCAGGAUAUCAGGUGGGAAGCAAUAUUUUUAAGCCUCUCCUGGGGCCUGGUGAGUUAAACUUCCUACUGGAUGAAAUACAAACUGCCUUUAAUGAAUACCAGCAGCUCAAAAGUAUUUCCAGCUAUAGGGCCCAUGCAUUCCUGUUGCUCACAGGUCUGACAGCCACAGCUGAAUUAAGAGCUCUAUCUAUAGAAGAGAAGACAAAACGCAUGGAAUUUAUAAUAAAACACAUGGGACAAUUAUUUUCUAAAGAAGUUGUACAUGUCCUCACUAAAUUUGAAGAAGAUCAUGAUUGGGAAAACAUAGAAAGAAACUUGAGAUUACUCAUUGAUGGAGAUUAUGAAGCCACUAUCUCUUCUUUGAAAAGGGAUGACGUUGAAAGAGAGCUACUAAAUCUUUUCCAUGAAAAGAAACGGCCCUGUGAACCAGAUAUUAAUGAAAAUAACACAAAUGAAGUAAUAGAAAAUGAAGCCUUCCUAGACUUACUCCAGCGUCUAGGCCUACAACAUUACUACCCUAAAAAAAUGAGUAAAGCUAAAUUUCAUCUGAUCUACAAGACUUCUCUUUACAACACCCAGCCCAAUUCUGAAAAGGAACUUCCCUUUUAUUUCCUUCAGAAGCUAAUGUUGCUGGAUUAUGGACUGAGAUACCUUGUCUUUAAAGACUAUGGAAAUAUAGAAUCUAAGGUUUCUCCAAGUGCCUCCAAUCAGGAAUAUGAGGGUUUUGAUCCAUAUGAAGACUUUGUUGAAGACAGUGAUACUCUCACUGAUCCUUUGACUACUGAGUCAAGGCCCCACAUUCACCCCAUGGAUAUCCAGAUGACCAUUUUUCACUGUGCAGAUGAUUUUGCCAGACAAUAUAUUUUGACCAAACUUUCUACUUGUCAAUUUGCCCUGCCUCUCCUGGUGCCAAAUCCUUGCACUUCUCAAAUCGAAUUCUCUCUCUGGUCUCUUAGAAAAGUUAGGAGAAGUUGGCAGCAAGAAAAGAAAUCACCACAUGGAAAGAACAGUCAUAAGUGUCAGCAGAUGUGUUGUGUCUCCACCCCCAUUGUGUCCUUCAUUAGAGUGGGCAAUGGCCUGUCUGCUUCCAAAUCUCAGAUCAUGAACUGUCUUCUCAGUGAACGUAAACAUAAUGUCUUUUUCCACCGACACUGCAGAGAAAGCAGCAAGGACUGCCUCUUGAUGGGAGGUGUGGUAGAAAUCUGCUGGUUUUGGCCUGGAGGGGAAGUGGAGGACAGGUUUGACAACUGUGUGACCUUCAUGAAUCUUCAUGGAGAUGCAAAGGAACAUAAAAGGCAGCUCACUUUCCUGCAGGAGGUCUCUUCUCUAAUUGUGGUCCUCAUGUCAGCUUCUGAUGACAACAAACAAAACCAAAAAAUUGUCCGUGACCUAUGUCAUUCAUCAAGAUCAUUGAUCUGCUUGCUAGAUGACAAAGAAAAAUCCAAACCCAGUAGUUCUGGUAGAAGAGUGAAAAUUGGCCUGAGGAAUAGAAAUGAGGCAGAAUUGACAGAGGAGCUCACAACUACCAUCAGACGUUUGCUAGAGCUCUCUGACACAGCUCUCAGCCUAGAGGACUGUUCUCAAAUUGCUCGCCAGCAAGGAUUUCUUAUUGAUGAAGACCAGAGAGAUUGUAAGGAGGGCAAAGAAAAGGCACAGAUUAUAAUGGCUCUUUUAAGAGGAACAGAGUUAUCUAAGGUGAAGGAAACCUUCCUACCGCUUCAGGGACAACUGUGGCAACUUUGGUGUAGGAAGGACAAAGAACUUUAUCAUCUGAGAGAGAAGGGAAAUCGAAGCAUUGAACAACACAAGAGUGAGCUUGAGUCAGAUAAACAAAUAAUUCGGCAAAAACAGGUGCAAAGAGCUUUUCCUCUCAAUGAUGUAAUGUUCUCUGUGCUUCAAAUUCUCUACCGCUAUUCAGAAACUCACACCACACUCUACUUCUUGCAAUGGAUGAGUGUGUUUUUAGAUAGGUUGACUGAAGAGCAUUUGGAGAACCUACAUGAAAAACUAAUUCAUUUGUGGUCAAUUGUGAAAACAGAGAAGCAAAGCUCCCAAAGCAGCCACUCUUUGGAGCUCUGCCAAAAGAAGAUUAGUGAUUAUACCUUAGGAAUUGAGCAGUUUCUCAGAGAGGUUGGCCAGAUCUAUGAAGCUCUGGAAGAAACUUCCUCCACAAAUGAUAUAGUUUUUCUCUUCCUUCCCCAAAUUGCUGCAGACCUGAUGAUAGCUGGUGUCCCCAUAGAGCUGAUGGAUGGAGAUGCUUCCUAUGUGCCCUUAAAAUGGAUGGCAGCUGUUUUUGACAAGCUCUCUGAGAAACUUGGAGACAAACGUCUCUUUGUCCUCUCUGUGCUUGGCCUGCAGAGCUCUGGGAAGUCUACCCUACUGAAUGCUCUUUUUGGGCUGCAGUUCAGUGUAAGUGCAGGCAGGUGUACUAAGGGGGCCUACAUGCAGCUCCUAAAGGUAGACAAGACAUCCACAGAGGAACUUGGCUUUGACUUUGUGCUAGUUGUAGACACAGAAGGACUUCGGGCCCCAGAACUCAGCAACAAAUCCCAGAACUGGGACAACGAGUUAGCCACCUUUGUCAUUGGGCUUGCAAACUUGACUCUGAUCAAUAUAUUUGGGGAGAAUCCAUCAGAAAUGCAGGAUAUCCUACAGAUAGUAGUCCAAGCCUUUCUGAGGAUGAAACAAGUGAAAAUUUCCCCCAGGUGCAUAUUCAUCCAUCAGAAUGUAGGAGAAGUUACAGCUAAAGACCAAACUACAGAAGGACGAAGGCGGUUAGAGCAGAGGCUAGAUGAAAUGGCAGUACUGGCUGCUAAACAAGAAGAGUGCUCAGAUGUCACUCACUUCAGUGAUGUCAUCAAGUUUGAUGUCAAUACUCACGUGUACUACUUUGCUCACCUCUGGGAUGGCAAUCCCCCCAUGGCCCCUCCCAAUCCUCGCUAUAGCCACAAUGUCCAGGAACUGAAAAGUACAAUUCUUUUAACUGCCAAACAGGAAUCCAGGGGAAGCAUCAUGAAGAUAUCAGAUGUGAAAUUCAGAGUUCAAGAUUUGUGGAGAGCCCUGGUAAGUGAGAACUUCAUUUUCAGUUUCAGAAACACCCGAGAGGUCAUGGCCAUGAGCAAACUGGAAACCAUGUAUAACCACUGGACCUGGGAGCUCAGGAGCCAUAUGUUGGACUUGCAGAACCAGCUUCACAAUCAGAUUCAAAAUAGAAAAAUUCAGACACUCACAUCAAGCAUAAUUGAGUGUCCAGUUACAGAGAAAUAUGAAACCAUCAAGCAAGUACUUGAAAAAUAUUUUACUGAAGACCCAGAGAGAGAGAUACUUGUCCAAUGGAAAGCCUAUUUUGAAAAUAAGCUACUAAUCCUUAAAGAGUCACUUAUUUCAGACACCAAGAGAAAAGCCCAUGAACUUAUUCAUCUCAAACAAAAUCAAGAACAACUAGAACAGAAAAAGACUGUAUAUGAAAAUGAAUUAUUGAAGAAGAGCCAAAACUUGGCUUUAAGAGUAAAAGGUAAAAAGUUGAGUGAUGAAGAGUUAUAUGAGAAAUUCAGUCAACUUUGGGGAAAAUGGGUUUGUGAAGUAUCCUCAAAUCUCCCUCAAGCCACAGAGCCUAAAAUUGAUGUGCAUGCUGAAAACAUCCUUUUGGAUUAUUUCAGAAAAGAGAAAAACAUAGUAGAAAAACUAAAGAGAAAUAUUGGAAAGAAUUUUCAGCUAGAUUUUGGAAAACAUGUCAAGAUGUGUAAGGAAUAUUUCUUUCUCACAAAGAGUUUAGAGGCCUGUGAUAAAGUGUCCAUUGAUAUGACUACUGAUCGUAUUUUUUCAAGAUUUAAUGAAUAUAUUGAAAAUAUUACGAAUCAACAACGUGAUUAUGAUCAAAGUGACUUCCAUCAAAUCCUGAAAAUAAUAGAAGAGGAAGGGAAAUCUGAACACACUAAGAAUAGAUAUAUAUUUACGAGCGAAUACAACAUUGAAUUAUCUUCAUAUUUAUUUCAAAAGGCAACAAAGCAUUUUAAGGAAAGGCAUAGGGCAUUUAGGAGAGCAAAUGAUCCUGUAAAAUAUCUAGAACAAAAGAAAGACGAUUUUUUCAUGAGUUUCAAGAUCUCCUGCCAAGGUGCAACCUCCAUCACAUGUUUUGUUGAUUUUCUGUGGCAAAAGCUCACUCCUGCUGUCUCUGCUACCAUCCAGGGGAAAAUGGUCCCUAGAAUAGCUGGGGAGAUAAGAGCCUCCUGCCCUGCAUUCAAUGGAAACAGAUCUAACCUGGAGAAACACAUUCUCAUCUCUCUAGCAGAAGAAGAAAAUUUUGAAAAUUAUUGGCAAUACAUUUACAAUCCAAAAUCAUUUUGUAGGAGUUACAUUGAGAACUAUACCAAAAAGUACUGUUCAGACAACAGAGAUAAAAAAAUAAAGACUUUAUUCAAAACAAGUCUUGAUGACAUCAAGAAUACUAUCCUCUCUGCCAUUCAUGAAUCCACAGCAGUAGCUAAAGACAGAAGCAGCACUGCAUCUGGGUGGCUGGAUUUGUUCUGUGAUCACCUGGGGAACAACUUGAUUUUCCCACGAAGAGACUUGAUAAACAUUGAGCACCAAGAGAUAAAAGAUAUGGAUUUUCUCAAAGAAGCCAUGAGUGCAGGUUUGGAUCCUGCAAUGAAGAAGGUGGAACAGAACUUGUCAAGUAUGCCUAUAGAAGAAAUGGUUCCUGAAAUUGAGAAAAUCCUCUCUGAACAUCUCUGUGGAUGUUGGAAACAGUGUCCCUUCUGUAAAGCAAUUUGUACAAACACAAUUCCUGAACAUGAAGGAGACCACAGUGUUCCAUUUCAUCGUCCUCAGGCUGUCCGUGGAGUCAAUUGGUAUAGAACAGACCACUUUGUCAUUGAUUGUUGUACUAGUUUAGUAGCAAGUAAUAAUUUGCUUGUUUUGAGAGAUGAUUGGAUGAUCCCAUAUAAGAACUAUCGGGAGGCAGGAGGGGAUUAUGCCACAUGGAGCAUCACCCCAGAUUCAUCCACCCAGCCAUACUGGAAAUGGUUUGUCUGUCACUUCAGAACAAAAUUGGAAGAAAAAUAUCAACUAAAAUUUAUAGAUAAAGGUCAAAUGCCCUAUGAAUGGGGCAAAAUCACAAAGCAGGAAGUGCUUAAUGACUUGAAAAAAUAAUCUUCAAUGACCACAUAAAUACCUUAGCAUCUGUACAAAGUCACAGUACCAAGCAACCUCAAAACAUAUCCUCCUUACAACUAGAGCUUUACAUAUUCCACUUUGUAAAGAAAAUGUUUAAAAAGUGAUUAAAUAUCAAUUCAAGAAUUUAAGAAUUCCUGGAAAAAUACUUGAUAUCUCUCUGCCUCAAUUCCAUUUGGAUUAGAAAGAAAUUACUAAAAUAGGAGCAUAUGACAAAAUCCAAAUAUCUAGUUCCUAUUUUGAAAUAUUGCUCUACAUAUUUUAAAAUAUGUAACACCUCAGAAAAAAAUCAUCUUCACACGGAAAAUUUUAAGUCAUUUCAUGAUACUACAAAUUUCUCUACAGUAACUGCAUGGCUGUUGAACUAAUAUAGAAGUCUUGACAAGCAACGACAAAUAAACUUUCUCUAUUUCACUGAAUUUUUUCAAUCAUUCAAUCCAUGAAGAAAAUUUACUCACCCUUAAACACAAAAGAUUCAUGGAAAUUUCAUGAUUCCCAUGUAUAGUAUUUUAUAGGGAUAUUUUAUUCUAGCAGAGAACAAACCAGAGACUUGACAAAGAUAAAGUCUUCAUCAAGUCAGGAAACAUUAUCAGGCAAACAUAGGAAAUAGAAGUUAAAUAAUUGCUUCAUUUAAUCAACAUUCUCUUCUUUUUGGUUUCUUGGAACUUCCUUGUCAUGCUACAAAAAGUUGAGUUAUUCACAAAGUUUAGAUCUUCAAAGCUGGUGUUAUCUGCCUGAGAUUACCUCCUGAAACAAGUGUAAUGAUAACCAUGUAAAUGGGACCCUACCCAUCAAGUCUGUGGACAAGGUCAAAUUAGAUAAAGCCAUUAAUGAUUAUAAACACCAUCCCCUAAAGAAAAAAAAAUGAAAAAAUAUCUACUUUUUAUAAAAAUUUCAUAAUUAUUAAUUAAUCUUAAUUGGGUUCUCACAUUUUAAUAAAAAUUUAUAUUUCUUGUAUAAAUAUAUAUUUCAUGUAUAAAAUGCAGAGGAGUGCUUAUCUACAAUGAGACAUAUUUUUGCUUCCUUAUACUUUUUCCGUGCUAGGGGAAUCACCCUUCUACAAACCUAUACCUUAUGCUCAGUUCUCAAAACUGAUGAUUUAAAAUAAUGCUGAUGAAAGAAGAAAAUGUCCUCAUUUUAGACAUAAAGAUACCCUUUGGUUUCCAUUUACUGAUACAGGCUCUACCUAUCUAUGGACAGUGAAAAGACACAACCAAAGCCACAGUAGUUAAACAACAUAGAUCUUCAGAAAUGGGAGAUGCUGACUCCAUCACCUUUGUCCACCACAGGACUACAAAUAUAUUAUCAGUUUCAGAUCUACUGACUAGAAUCUCCAUAAGUUUUCUGUUUGUUUUUGUUGUAGUGCUGUGGAUUAAACCCUGGCAUUACACAUAUCAGGAAGCACAUUUUUACUCAACUACAGCAUUUUUUUUUUUUUAAUUUCGGAGAUGGAGUUUCAUUAAGAUGCAACCUGUGAGCCUCCUGCCUCAGGCUCUCAGGUUGCUGGGAUUAAAGGUAUCAGAAAUCUUGAAAAAAUUGUGAAGGAUAUAGGUGUUCUUGAACAGAAUGAUUUUUUUUUUCUGAAAAAAUAGUCUUGGUGAGAGUUGGGAGGAUCUCUUAAUGAGAUCAACCUGAUAUAGUAUUAGGAACAGAAGCUCUGCACAGCAUGGUGCCUGUCACACUCAUAACUGCAAGCUUUGAAAACUUAAUGUUCAAUUGACAUUAGCUGAAUGCUUUUAUUUAUUUAUUUUUUUUAUUGUUGGUUGUUCAAAACAUUACAUAGUUCUUGAUAUAUCGUA